CAACCAAAAGUGAAGGUUUUCAUCUUCAAUCUAAAACUCCAGGACUGCCCUUCUGCUAGGAAGAGUAAAGCCAGUAUGAUCUUUAGCCUGCUUAAAGCCAUAAAUAAAGACCAAGUGCUCACUAUUGGGUCUGACAUGAAUACCUUCUUAAAGUGUUCAUCAAGUUCCUCAAAAAGAUCCUGUUCUCUGACUGACAACCUGGCCCAUCAGACUGACCUUUGGUGGGACUCUGAGGCCACAGGAGACUCCUCACUACCUGACUCAGCAUAUCAGAAAGUCUGGGAAAUGUUUGCUAACCAGUCUAGAAGAGAAAGGGAUGCUUUUUUGAAGGAUGUUUUUCCUGAAGGUUUUCUGUGGGGUGUCUCCACAGGCGCCUUCAAUGUAGAAGGAGGCUGGGCAGAGGAUGGAAGAGGAGCAAGCAUCUGGGAUCAGCUUGAUCACAAGAACGCCAAAAUGGGCCAAGUGACACCAAAGGUGGCCAGUGACAGUUACCAUAAGGUGGACACUGAUGUGGCCCUGCUUCGUGGCCUCCGGGCUCAGGUCUACAAAUUUUCUAUCUCCUGGUCCCGCAUUUUCCCCACUGGACACAAGCACAACCCCAACUUCCAGGGCAUUGCCUACUAUAACAAGCUGAUUGACAGCCUGCUGGACUCAAACAUAGAGCCCAUGGCCACACUGUUCCACUGGGACCUGCCGCAGGCCCUGCAGGAUCACGGAGGAUGGCACAAUGAGAGCAUGGUAGAUGUCUUCCUGGACUAUGCUGACUUCUGCUUUUCCACUUUCGGGGACCGUGUGAAGCUGUGGGUGACCUUCCAUGAGCCAUGGGUGAUGAGCUAUGCAGGAUAUGGCACUGGCCAACACCCACCAGGAGUCACUGACCCAGGGGUGGCCUCUUUUAAGGUGGCUCAUGUGGUGCUCAAGGCCCAUGCUAGAGUUUGGCAUCACUACAACAGCCACCAUCGUCCACAGCAGCAGGGGCGUGUGGGCAUUGUGCUGAACUCAGACUGGGCAGAACCCCUAUCACCAGAGAGACCUGAGGAUGUGAGAGCCUCUGAACGCUACUUACACUUCAUGCUGGGCUGGUUUGCACACCCCAUCUUUGUGGACGGAGACUACCCAGCUGCCUUGAGGACUCGGAUCCAACAGAUGAAUAAACAGUGCCCCAGUCCUGUGGCCCAGCUCCCUGAGUUCACUAAGGCAGAGAAGCAGCUUCUGAAAGGCUCUGCUGAUUUUCUAGGUCUCUCCCAUUACACUUCCCGCCUCAUCAGCAAGGCUCAACACCAUACCUGUACCCCCAGUUAUGAUACUAUUGGCGGCUUUUCCCAACACAUGGAUCCUAUGUGGCCCCGGACCUCUUCCCCUUGGGUUCGUGUGGUGCCCUGGGGUAUAAGGAGACUUUUAAAAUUUAUAUCCUUGGAAUAUACAAGAGGAAAAGUUCCAGUCUUCCUGGCCGGGAAUGGCAUGCCCACAGGGGAAAGUGAAGAUCUCUUUAAUGAUUCCUCAAGAGUAGACUAUUUCAAUCAGUACAUCAAUGAAGUACUCAAGGCUGUCAAGGAGGACUCCGUGGAUGUUCAAUGCUACAUUGUUCGUUCCCUCAUUGAUGGCUUUGAAGGCCCCUCUGGUUAUAGCCAGAGGUUCGGGCUACACCAUGUCAAUUUUAGUGACAGCAACAAGCCAAGGACUCCUAGGAAAUCUGCCCACUUUUUCACCAGCAUCGUUGAAAAGAAUGGUUUCCUCUCAAAGGCAGUGAAAAUACUGCCCCCACCUAGACCAGUAAACAUCUCCCCCCAAAUCAGAGCCUUUACAUUUCCAUCUGAGGUUCCCUCAAAAGCUAAAGUAGUUUGGGAGAAGUUCUCCAAUCAACCCAAGUUUGAAAGAGAUCUGUUCUACCAUGGCACAUUUCGGAAUGACUUUCUGUGGGGUGUGUCCUCUUCAGCUUAUCAGAUUGAAGGAGCUUGGGAUGCUGAUGGCAAGGGCCCCAGCAUCUGGGAUAACUUCACCCACACCCCAGGGAACAAUGUGAAAGACAAUGCCACUGGAGACAUAGCCUGUGACAGCUAUCACCAACUGGAUGCCGACCUGAAUGUGCUCCGAGCUCUAAAGGUGAAGGCCUACCGCUUCUCUUUGUCCUGGUCUCGGAUUUUCCCAACUGGGAGAAACAAUUCUAUCAACAUUCAUGGUGUUGACUAUUACAACCGGCUGAUUGAUGGCUUGGUGGCAAGCAACAUCUUUCCCAUGGUAACACUGUUCCACUGGGACCUUCCCCAAGCCCUCCAGGACAUCGGAGGCUGGGAGGAUCCUUCUUUGGUUGACUUGUUUAACAGCUAUGCAGACUUUUGCUUCCAGACCUUUGGUGACAGAGUGAAGUUCUGGAUGACCUUUAACGAGCCCACAUUCCAGGCAUGGUUGGGCUAUGGUGCAGGGGUUUUUCCCCCAAAUGUGAAGGACCCAGGCCAAGGACCUUACAGGAUUGGCCAUGCAAUCAUCAAAGCCCAUGCCAGAGUCUAUCACACUUAUGACGAGAAAUACAGGCAGGAGCAAAAUGGUGUCAUCUCUCUAAGCCUCAGCACACACUGGGCAGAGCCCAAGUCACCCAAACUCCAAAGAGAUGUGGAGGCAGCUGACCGAAUGCUGCAAUUCUCCCUGGGCUGGUUUGCCCACCCCAUUUUUCGAAAUGGGGACUAUCCCGAUGCCAUGAAGUGGAAAGUGGGAAACAGGAGUGAACUACAGCAUCUGCCUACCUCUCGCCUUCCCAGCUUCACUGAGGAAGAGAAGAGGUACAUUCAGUCUACAGCUGAUGUUUUCUGCCUCAACACCUACUCCACCAGAAUCGUGCGGCAUACGACACCCCGGCUAAACCCGCCCUCCUAUGAAGACGACCAGGAGGCUAUCGAGGAGGAAGACUCCUCCUGGCCUGCCACAGCAAUGAACAGAGCUGUGCCCUGGGGGAUUCGAAGACUGCUUAACUGGAUCAAAGAAGAAUAUGGGGACAUCCCCAUUUAUAUCACUGAAAAUGGUGUGGCACUGAGAAAUCCAAAAGUGGAGGACACUGAUAGGAUAUUUUACCACAAAACGUACAUCAAUGAAGCACUGAAAGCCUACAGGCUCGAUGGUGUAGACCUUCGAGGGUAUUCUGCAUGGUCUCUGAUGGACAACUUUGAGUGGCUGGAAGGCUACACUGUCAAGUUUGGAUUGUACAGUGUUGACUUUAAUCAUGCGAACAGGCCUCGCACAGCAAGAGUCUCCACCAGGUACUACACAGAGGUGAUCACCAACAAUGGCAUGCCACUGCCCAGAGAAGACGAAUUUGUCUAUGGACAUUUUCCCAAAGGCUUUGUGUGGAGUGCAGCUUCUGCUGCAUAUCAGAUUGAAGGUGCAUGGAGGGAAGAUGGCAAAGGAAUCAGUAUUUGGGACACGUUUGCUCACACACCUCUGAGGGUUGGAAAUGAUGACACUGGAGAUGUGGCCUGUGACAGUUACCAUAAGAUUGCCGAGGACCUGGUCACCCUGCAGAACUUGGGUGUGUCCCACUAUCGCUUCUCUAUCUCCUGGUCUCGUAUUCUCCCAGAUGGAACCAACAAAUACAUCAAUGAAGCUGGCCUCAACUACUAUGUGAGACUCAUUGACACACUUCUGGCUGCCAAUAUCAAGCCCCAGGUGACUAUUUACCACUGGGACCUGCCCCAGGCUUUGCAAGAUGUUGGAGGCUGGGAAAAUGAAACCAUUGUGCAGAGGUUUAAGGAGUAUGCAGAUGUGCUCUUUCAGAGGCUGGGAGACAAGGUGAAGUUUUGGAUCACACUGAACGAGCCCUUUGUCAUUGCUAAUCAGGGUUAUGGCUAUGGCACAUCAGCCCCAGGAAUCUCCUUCAGGCCUGGCACUGCUCCCUACAUUGUUGGCCACAAUCUAAUAAAGGCCCAUGCUGAGGCCUGGCACCUGUAUAAUGACAUGUACCGAGCCAGUCAAGGCGGCAUCAUUUCCCUCACCAUCAGCAGUGAUUGGGCUGAACCCCGAGACCCCUCCAACCAGGAAGAUGUGGAGGCAGCCAGGAGAUAUGUUCAGUUUAUGGGAGGCUGGUUUGCACAUCCUAUUUUCAAGAAUGGUGAUUACAGUGAGGUGAUGAAGACACGGAUCCGUGACAGAAGCUUGGCCUCGGGUCUCUCCAAGUCUCGGCUGCCAGAGUUCACAGACACUGAGAAGAGAAGGAUCAAUGGCACCCAUGACUUCUUUGGAUUCAACCACUACACCACUGUCCUGGCCUACAACCUCAACUAUGCCUCGUGGAUCUCUUCCUUUGAUGCGGACAGGGGAGUUGCUUCCAUCACAGAUCGCUCUUGGCCAGACUCUGGCUCCUUCUGGCUGAAGAUGACACCUUUUGGCUUUAGGAGGAUCCUAAACUGGCUAAAGGAAGAGUACAACAACCCCCCAAUUUACAUAACAGAGAAUGGAGUUUCUCAGCGGGGAGAUGAUCUCAAUGACACCUUAAGGAUCUACUACCUCCGCAGAUACAUUAAUGAGGCCCUCAAAGCUGUGCGAGAUAAAGUGGACCUUCGAGGAUACACAGUUUGGAGUGUGAUGGACAACUUGGAGUGGGCUGCAGGCUUUGCAGAGAGAUUUGGUCUGCACUUUGUGAAUUUCACUGACCCUGCUUUGCCAAGAAUCCCCAAAGCAUCAGCCAAGUUCUACGCCUCUAUAGUCCGGUGCAAUGGUUUCCCAGAUCCUGCUGCAGGGUCACACCCUUGUCUCAGGCCAGAAGAUACUGAACCCAUGAGAGUGCAAGGAGUUCAAUUCCUGGGCCUAACACUCGGUACAACAGAAGCUCAGACAGCAUUGUAUGUACUCUUUUCUCUUAUGCUUCUUGGAAUCUGUGGUGUGGGAUUUCUGUCAUACAAGUAUUGUUCACAGCGUGCCAAGCAAGGGAAGAGACAAGCAGGCUCACAGGAACUAAGCCCUGUGUCUUCAUUUUGAUCCAUCAGUAACUACUUAUCUUAGUACUGUGAAAUAGGUUGGUUUUUUUGUAUAUUUUACCACUUUAAGUUCUGCCUGUGCUCCUUACUUCUUCAAAGGCAUCCUGUAUCACAUAAGCUAGAAGUGUUUCAAAUCAUUGAUUAAAAUAAAAAAGCUUUCAUCUUGC